AGCUGAGGCUCGCCGCAACAAUGGUUUCACAGCACGGGCUGAGGCUCGCCGCCGGCCUCAUCACCUCCCACUUUGGCGACCUCGUCGGCAAGGUUUGCGAGUGUCUCCUCCGCCGUGGGACGCUCUCCCUCCAUGAGAUCAUCCGAUUCACCGAGCUCUCCUCGUCGCAGGUCAAGAACUGCCUUCUUGUUCUUAUCCAGCACAGCUGCGUUCAGGCCUUCUCCAUUCCACGACCGGUUGCUUCUGGGGCUGAGAUCAGGACAUUGACGCAGUAUAUGGCCCUGUUCGACAAUAUCCUCCACCGGCUUCGGUUCUCUAAAUUCCUCUCCAUUGUUCAAGCCGACCUUGGGCUCCAGUGUAGGAAUCUUCUUGAGGGAUUACUCCAACAUGGAAGGCUUACAUUUGAGCAACUUGCAGAGAGAGAAGCAUCGACAAAAGGAUUGGAAGGAAGUACAAGCAGUCAAAAUAUUUUGCGUGCGGAGUUUGAUAGACUGGUGCGUGCACAUUAUGUGGAGCGCUGCCCAAGGCCUGAACCAUUUAUCUCACCACCUGAAGAAGAUAAAUUGACAUCAACAAAAAGGCGUGGGUCUAAGGCUGAUGCAGUAAAUUUGUCUGUAGAAGAAUUGGCUAUGAUUGGUGCUGCCCUCCCUGUAAUUGAGAGAUUUUCUGCCAUUGGUAGCACAGGGGAAGAGGAAGAGUCAAAAACUCCUGGCCAUAAUUCAUAUACAGUUGGUGACAAGAGGAAGCAUGAAGCUUUGAUUGACAAAGAAACUCAAGCUGUGAUUGUUGAGAGUGGAGUGCUUUGGCGUGUGAAUUUUGAGAAGUUUGUUUAUUGUCUCAAGAAGAAGGCGUGUGCCACAAAUGUAAGAUCGAGGUACGGUCUUGAUGCUGGCAUUGUAUUGGAAGCAAUGAUUGAAUCAAAUACAUCAGAAGGGAAUAAGAAUUCCGUUCAAUCAUCAAUUGAAAACAUCAUUGAAGCAGUAAGAGGAAAGCCAGGAGGUAUUGGAAUGACAAUGGAGCAUGUUAGAGUGGUUCUUGAAAAGCUUGGUUCUAGUAUAUCUAGCAAGGAGUCAGGAGUGUUAUAUGAAAUCGAUUUGAAGGUCAUUAUUAAAAUCUGUCAAACUGAAGAGGUCGAAGCACUGGUAUUAAAAAAAUAUGGUGAAGUUGCACAUAGGAUAUUCAGGUUUCUGGUCAAGCAAGGUGUUGUACAAGAAACAGAUCAUAUUUCAGAUGUUACACUAAUUGAAAAGAAGACAACCCAAGGAAUUCUACUCAAACUUUGGAAGGACGAGUUCUUGGAGAUGAAGAAAGCAAUCGCUCAGGGAAGUGGAACCACACAACAUUUUCUAUGGCGUGUGAACUGGGAUGAACUCUGUGUACACAUUCUGGAUGACAUGUACCAUGCUGCUUUAAAUCUAAGUCAAAAGAUUGCUCAUAUAUUAGAACAAGAACAAGAGGCGUUGCAGGACAAGGCAAAACGCCAGCGGUUGCAGAAGGGUCGAUUGAUAUUAGAAUCUUCUCUUCUAAAGCUUGAUGAUGCGCUAAUGCUUUUCCAUGAUUUUUAACAGCAUCACAGGUCACUAGGUCAGCAUGCUGGCAAGAUACAAAACAAAGGGGACCAGUGGAUCCCCUGACUCAUGCCAUUUGGCAAACAUGGUUAGACAUGGCAUCAGUUAACCCAUGAGAAACAUUUUGUUUUUUUGUUUUUUUUUUUUUCCCUUUUUCUUUUUCAUAGUUACAAUUUUAAAUUAUACUUGUUAUGUAUUUCUGGUGUUUCCUCCGUUCUAGUGAGUCAUUAAAUAUUGACAAUUGUGAUUUGUGUAUAACUUAAAACCCAAAAUUUUGAUACGUGGCUAUAUUUCAUAUUGCA